CUUGAAGGUUGCUCCGAAGACUGCUUAUGGAAGCGCACAACGGAAGUGCGUUAGGAUUUUUUCUCCGCUGGUAGGCACUCGAGUGUGAUUCACGUGGCAUGAAAGGGUGUAGAUCUUGAGGAAGGAUCAUAGGAUACCGCACGAGGCGUGCGCCACCUUCGCGUCACAAUUACCACCACCAGGAACUCGACCGCCGCCACCGUUGCUGCCUCCGGUGCCUCGCACCACCUCCGACUACUGUCAGAUCAGUCGACCCCGUGCAUCGCGGCACGCCGGCCGCCGCGUCUUCUUGUUCGAAUCCUUUGACCUGAGUCUUCAUUCAUGAGGAUACUCUGUGCAAAAAGAAAAGCAGUGAAGCAACUAAUCAGCCCAUUGUGGCCCAUUGUGGCCCAUUGUGAAAGAAGAAAACAGCAAAGACACUAGAUAAAGUCGAAAUGACUCUUAGAUAAGAGGCGCAGAGGACGAAAGUCACAUUACCAAAGAUAAAGACGAAAAGUCUGAUUAAGGAAUAGAACCCCUUGAAGAUAAAUGUCAACAUGUCGGAGAGUUAUCGACUCUAGAGGGUAGAUCCUAUCUCGGGGACCUUUUCAGUGUGCGCGUGUUUAGUGUCAAGACAGGUGAACCCAGAGAGUGAACAAGUGUCGAAGAUUAUUCUCCAAACCUAUGCGACUGUUUACCAAACACUUUUUCCCAAACCGGAUUCAAUCAGAAGUAUUUCCGAUUUGCUACAACUUGGAGAAUAGAUGACUCCAAAAAGUUAUGAGCUUAUCGAAGCGAUUGGUUCUUGGCAAAUAGAGCAGUGUACGAAGCAAACUUGCAAAUCCGAGUGUAAUUGUCAUUUUGUUUGAUAACAAAUACGCGCGAUGUACUGACAAAUAGACAGCAACAAAGCGGCUUCAAUAGAAAUUAACGUCAAUCAAGAGGGAGGGAAAAAUCGAGAAGACCUUUGAGCUCGCAGCUGAUUCCGGGAGCAUUCGCAGCAGACUUGUUGAUUCGCGGCAGCCACGGCCACCAACCUGGGCAGCAGGCCCAGCGUUGUCCAGAAUGGCGGUGGCCUCGAUGCUCGUGGCCCUGUUGCUGGGUCUGUUCCACCCCUCGCAGACCAACUCGCAGUCGCGGGAGUCGCAGCAUCCGGACCCGCUGGUGGUGCAGACCACCAGUGGCCUCAUUAGGGGCUUCUCGCGCACCGUCCUCGACAGCCACGAGGUGCACGUCUUCUACGGGGUGCCCUUCGCGAAGCCGCCCGUUGGGCCGCUGCGGUUCCGCAAGCCGCAGCCGGUCGACCCGUGGCACGGCGUGCUGGACGCGACGACUCUGCCCAACUGCUGCUUCCAGGAGAAGUACGAGUACUUCCCUGGCUUCGAGGGCGAGGCGAUGUGGAACCCGAACACCAACAUCUCGGAGGACUGCCUCUACCUGAACAUCUGGGUGCCGCAGCGGGUGCGCCUGAGGCACCAGGGCAAGGACCCGCCGGUGGGCACGGACAAGAAGGGCGCGCCCAUCCUCGUCUGGAUCUACGGCGGCGGCUACAUGAGCGGCACGGCCACUCUGGACGUCUACGAGGCGGACAUCAUGGCCGCCAGCAGCAACACCAUCGUCGCCUCGAUGCAGUACCGGGUCGGGGCCUUCGGCUUCCUGUACCUCAACCAGCACUUCCCCGACAGCCAGGAAGCGCCGGGCAACAUGGGUCUCUGGGACCAGAUCAUGGCGCUCCAGUGGCUCAAGGACAACGCGGCGUCUUUCGGCGGGAACCCCGACCUCAUCACGAUUUUCGGCGAGUCUGCCGGCGGCGGCUCUGUGUCGCUGCACCUGAUAUCUCCGGCCACGAAGGGACUGGUGCGAAGGGGCAUUCUGCAGAGCGGGACCCUGAAUGCGCCCUGGAGCUACAUGACGGCCGAGAAGGCGGACGAGGUGGCCAAGAUCCUCGUCGAGGACUGUGGCUGCAAUUCGUCGCUGUUGGUGGAGAACCCGGCACAUGUGAUGACGUGUAUGCGGUACGUGGAUGCGAAAACUAUUUCCGUGCAGCAGUGGAACAGCUAUUGGGGAUUACUCGGUUUCCCAUCGGCCCCGACCAUUGACGGCGAACUCCUGCCUAAGGAUCCUCUCGAAUUGCUCAAGGAGUCGGAUUUCAAGGAGACGGAAAUUCUUAUCGGCAACAAUAAGAAUGAAGGAACUUACUUUAUAUUGUACGAUUUUAUCGACUUUUUCGAGAAGGAUCAAGCCAGUCCACUGGAUAGAACCAAGUUCCUCAACAUCAUGAACACGAUCUUCAAGAAUAUGUCGCAAAUUGAACGCGAUGCUAUCACAUUCCAGUACACGGACUGGGAAAACAUGACAGACAACUACAUGUACCAAAAAAUGGUGGCCGACGCGGUUGGCGACUAUUUCUUCAUCUGUCCAUCGACCCACUUUGCUCAACUUUUUGCUGAUCGUGGCAUGAAGGUCUACUAUUAUUUUUUCACUCAGACGAGUAGUACAAAUUUGUGGGGUGACUGGAUGGGCGUAAUGCAUGGAGAUGAAAUUGAAUAUGUCUUUGGUCUUCCACUCAACACGUCUCUCAAGUACACCAACAAAGAGCGUGAUCUUGCCCGGAAAUUUUUAUCAAUUUAUUCCAAUUUCGCUACUCAUGGGAAGCCAGUGGAAAGCGAAGUUGAAUGGCCACCAUAUACGAGGAAUGAUCCUCGGUAUUUUAUUUUAGAUGCCGAAAAGAGCGACAUGGGACAAGGUCCUCGCAUGACCGCGUGUGCUUUCUGGAACGAAUUUCUUCCUCGACUAAAAGGAGUGCCUGACCCAGAACCGGAAGCGUGCAACAGGGUGAUAGCGUCAAGCGUCUCGGCAGGUGCAAACCGACUCAUUUCGAGCCUCAGAUUCGCACUCGUCAUCUUGUUUCCCACGCUAAUGGCAAUUACCUCGAUUAUGUAAGAGAAAAAGAGGAAAUAAUCGACAAGAUAACCCUUCCAGUAGAAGAGAGAAAAUAAAUAAAAACUGACCGAAAAGAUCAACCCGCAGGCACGGACUUCCGCUUCAAGAUGAACGUCCAGGUGCUUUUUUUACACUAUACAAAUAUAUCUCGAACUCAAAGAUUAAUUUCGCAUCGAAAAAAAUUUUUCAAAUUGUGAAACUGCAGAGAACAAAAGCGGGUAAAAGAGGGUAAAAGAGGGUAAAAAAGGGUAAAAAAGGGAAAAAACAAAGAAAAAAGUCCAGACGUAAAAGAUCGGAAAAAGUCGAGAAAAAAAAAGAAUACACCGACUCUAAGAAUGCAACGUGUGCAACUACGAAUUCAAUCAAAUUGAUUCUUCUCGAAAUGUCCAACGUUGCGAAAAACUACAUAGUAAAAAAGAAUUUCUAAAAAAGAAAAGAGAACGACACGGGAAUCUUGAAUUCCUGUUUUUUUUCAGCUGCAACAACUUAUAUGUAUAAAAAAAAGAUCAAAAUAGUGCUAGGCUUUAAAAAAAAAAAACUUUGAAAUUUUGCAAAAGAACAAAAAAAUGAAAUUUUUUUUGCUCUUUUUUUUAAUAGAAAAAAAAUACCGAAAGUGCUUCAUAAUUCAAUGAAAGCACUCACCAAAUAUACAAUAUAUAAAUAUAUUAUUUUUAUUGCCUUUAUAACAUUAAAUAUAAAAAAAUAUUAUAACUCCUGAGAAAAAUUUAUA